CAAGACAAAUUUGAUGGCGUUUCUGGGUCGGAUAUGCGCGAAAUCGAGGGGCUUCUGUGCACGCUUCUUAGCCCGCAGUUGGACCCGUCGUCCGUGUGCGACAUGGGUCUUGGGGCUUUCUCCUUUUCUUCUUUGCGUGGCCUGCCCUUUCUUCUUCUUCCUUGAUUUGACAGGGCUCUCAAGCUCCGCCGGGAUUUGAGCCUCGGACUUCUCAACCAAGGGGUCGACGUCAACAACGCUGCAUCCCAGGUCUUCCGAGGCCUCGGUCUUCCAAAAAGCUCUUGCGGGCCCAGAUCUCCCCACAUCCUGCGACCUUCUCAGUAAGCUUCGGUGCAGCUACGAGGCCGUUGCAGCUGAAUCGGCCCAGAUUCCCACCAGCCCUAGUCGUCUCCUCCGCUCGGUAUCUCCCGUCCCAGCUUGCGGGCUCAAUCGCCGCAGCCAUUGCCUUGCUACCCAUCCCCGUCUUCUCAUGACGUGCAGCAGCCGCACCCGCGCACGCGAGUGAGGUCCACUUCCAAGGCAUAGGGCUCGAGGAGGGGAGGGCCUCUUGCACAAGGGCCAGACCGAUUGCGUCUUGGCCCUCGCCGAAAAGUGCCGACGCUAGGGGACACUGCUUCGGCCGGAAAGAGGGCCCGAGCCUACCAAUGCCACGCCGGCCAGACACUGACCAGGCCGCUCGGCGGGAAAAGCACCACCCAGUCGUCGUCCUGCUGCUUGUCCUCGCCCUUUUCGCCGCCUUGGUGGCCACAGAGCAGCGGCCGAACGAACAUGUCGUCCUAGCCGACUGCCGCGCCGGCGGUACUACUGUCUUCUCGUCCCAGGUCGCCUACUUCAGCGGCAUACCCAACGAUAAGCCUCAGGACGUGGCACCUGUCGUCACUCCCGCCAACCAGACGCGGCUAUGGCCCUCCAACACGACCACGGCGUUUUUCUCGACCACGGGAACCUCAUUUACCGCCAAGCUUGGCCCGCCAGUUGGUUUGGGCGCGUUCGCCGGCACGGGCUUCAACGACUACACCAACUACACAUGCUGGCGGAGGUAUCAGGCCAACCUUUACAAAUAUGAUGGUGCCAUAUGUGCCAUGUCGUACGACUGUACGCAUGAGCCGAUGCCGAACAGCACCAAACCUGGCCCGGACCCAAAAUCAUCGACCGCACCCAAAAGUCCGGACGGAAGCGCCGGCCCCUCGGCGCCAGGAGCCAAUGGGAAUAAUAAGGGCGGGCCGUCGGAGGAGCUAUCCCUGGGAGCCAUGAUCGGCGCUAUAGUUGGUGGUGUCGUCGGUCUGGCUAUGGUGGCAGGGCUUAUAGCCUUUGUCGUCAUCCAGAGGCGGCGCUGGAGGCGCCAGAAGGACGCGCUAGAUCGGGAGACAGAGACCAUCUUGCUGGCCGCACCCAAGAUGACCCCGACGGCGGUGGGCGGAGAGGCCAUGGGUAAGAAAGACUUCUACAAGUUAUCGUCGCCGCCGCCUCCGCCUUCCACCUCGCCACGCCCACACUAUGAGGUUGAUGGACAGUGGCGAGGGGCUGAGGUUCAUGGGGCUGGCGUUGUCAGGGAGCUGGAUGGUGUCUAUGUCGUUCCUGAGCUGGACGCAAGAGGGAGUCCUACGCCUGUGACGACUACCGACCCUGCGAAACAGGACAGAUAGUGUCACCCUGUUGUCUUGAGUUGAGGGAUACUCUAUAGCGGAAUAAAAGUGUGCAAUUAGCGCUUUGUAAUCACGAACCGGUCGUAUCAUAUAAUAGGCUAC